AUUAAAUAUGGGUCAAAUAAUUUAUCCGUUUUUCAUUACCCGUUUUUUGACCCGAAACAUAUCCGACCCGACCCGUCCGUUUGCCGCUCCUACACCACCGUCAUUUUCUGUUGUUUGGUUGCCCGGAAUUUUUUUCUUCAAAGGGAGAAAAUGACUUCCCUCACUUAUGGGUGGAAGUGUUUUCAUUACUGCUGUCACUUUAACGGGAAAAACUCCCCCGAAAAAGGAGUGAUUAUUCUAAGAAUUAUUUAAAAAUAUCAAGGUGCGGGGAUGCACACAUGACAUUUGUUAAUUUUAAUUGUAUCAAUUCAAGGUUCGGGUAUGAAUACACGGACUAACAACAACUAUCUUAAAACUUUAACUUCAUAUUACUUGUUCCAAUUAACACUUUUAUUAAUCCUUUCAAACUCAAGAAAUUUAAUCAAAACACUCUUCUAAUAUUAUUAUUAAUCUUUAAUAUAUAUUUUUCCUAGAAAAUAUUAUCCACUCACCCGUCACCAACUACAUUUUCCUUGAAAAAUGACUUUCGCUUACCAAACACACUCAUAAUCCAUAAGGCUUUGAACUUGGUGGAGUUUAUACGAUAAUUUAACUGCAAAUUGAUUUAGCAUGCACUUUCAGUUCGUCAUGUCGUGAUUGUAGUAGUGGAACAAAGAGAAUAGUGGAUAAGAUAAUAGUUCCUUUCCUAUAUUCUCUCCCCUAUGGUAUUUAGGGAAGUUAUGUACAUACAUGCACGGUUCAGUUGAGUAAAAACAAAAGACUUUUUUGUAUUCCCUUUUUUUCGUUUUGCUUUUUCGUUUUGCAGGAAUGCGUCCAGUCUGAGGGAAGUUCCAUGUAAUGAAUAGCUUGUUUCAUGCAUGUUCAGUUACAAUAGUAACAAGCACUACACGUCUUGCCUUGAAGAGUUCAAUUUGUGGAAUGCCGGUGCUUUCUUGGAAGAUGAGCUUUUGCACAUGCUUUAAUUAGAAAGUUGAUUUUGACUUUUUCUGAAUAGAGUUAGCAUCUAACAAGUGUAGUGGAGAUAGUUCUCUUUCACGAAGUUUUAUCCUACUCCAAUAAUGAAGGAAGAGACUGGUUUCUUUGUUGUUAAGAAAGGAGAUCUUGUUGGAGUCUACAGAAACUUGAGUGACUGCCAAACUCAAGUCGGAUCCUCGAUAUGUGAUCCUCCGGUUAGUGUGUAUAAAGGCUACUCCAUGCCAAAGGACACAGAGGAAUAUCUUCUAUCUUGUGGGCUUAAACAUGCACUUUAUUCUAUCAGAGCUGCAGAUCUGACUGAAGGUCUCUUUGGGACUCUAGUACCAUGCCCUUUUCAGCAGCCAUCUUCUUCCAAAAGUGGAGCGCCUGAGCAUAUGCCGAAGAAGAGGUCACAGGAAGCAAUGUGGUCAGAAUAUACGGAUGCUAAUGGAUCAGCAGUUAUUUCAAAUGAUUCCCUAAGAAAGCAUAUCAAGUUAGAUCUUCCUAAGGGUGACCAAGCUCUAUCAUCUGGUCAGCGAUCUUGUACUCUUGAAUUUGAUGGUGCUUCGAAAGGAAAUCCGGGACAAGCUGGUGCAGGAGCUGUAGUACGAGCAGAUGACGGAAGUUUGAUUUGUAGGCUGCGUGAAGGUUUAGGAAUAGCAACAACCAGUGUUGCUGAAUAUCGAGGCUUUAUCUUGGGUUUGAAAUAUGCACAUAGCAAAGGGUUUACAAGUAUUCGUGCUCAGGGUGACUCCAAACUUGUUUGUAUGCAGAUCCAGGGUCUGUGGAAGGUUAAAAAUCAAAACAUCUCUACGCUAUUUCAGCAGGCAAAACAACUGAAGGAUAGGUUUCUUUCUUUCCGCAUCAUUCAUGUUCUUCGGGAAUCAAACUGUGAUGCGGAUCAGCAGGCGAACUUGGCUGUUGGACUUCCUGACGGUCAUAUUCAGGAGGAGAUGGAGAAAUGACAACGGGGCAGUCGAAGAUGAUCUAAGUUGGUGCCGAUGGGGUCAUUAUGUGCUAAUCUGGUUAUUUGAGGUCGGUGCUGCAUUCUGGUUAUUUGAGGUCAUAAUUUCCUAUUUUGCCAGUACUACAUCCAACCUUAAAAUGGGCUGCACGACGAAGCCAGUGGAUUUAAUGAUAGCAGUUAGGAAUCAUGUAAAAUUUUGCUGGAUGUGGCUCAAAACAGGCACCAGCAGCAAACGUUACUAUUUGCUUUGAGUUCUAGCCAAUGAGCAAAAGAUGUUUGCCUGAAACUCAAACACCACCGAGGGAAAUGAUUGAUGCGAAUCAUAUUGAGUCUCUUGUCCUUUUUGUAGCAGAACAAUGGGCAUAUUACCCGUCAUUCCUCACUUAUGUAUUGCUAUGAUUCGAUAAUUAAUUUAAAUUUGUAUUACUAUCGCAA